AUGGCCAAACCCCCGAGCCAACUGUCGAUACCAGAAUAUAUAAUUUCGCAUUCCGAUGACCCAGCAAACCCACAACUUCGAUGUUCAGCAUGCAAUAGCCGGACCCUCAGCGAUUACCGAAGUCACCUUCGCACGCCUGCACAUCAACAAUCUGUUCAAUGUUUGCUUGACCGUGAGGCGGCCGAUGAAGUGAUGCUCCAGGCCAUCCGAGCAACACAAGAGGAUACCCCGAGAGAAACUACCACCCUGGACUUGCUGGACUUGGCUCAAUACACACAACAUCGAUCUGACACCCCCCCGGCUGAAUCACCUGAAUCACCCCUCACUCCGCUCUCUUAUUUACGGAACCUGGACCCCAACGGCCGAUUGGACGAUGAUGCUUCCAGCACUGGAGACUCUGACCACGCUCUGGAUGUCCUUCAGCUCCGCCAAGCGUUGGAAGCCAUGGAGCACGUUGGGGUAAGCCCUGAAGAUGACGAUGAGGACAUGUUACCCAACGAAAUGGACCUAGACGACGCCUUCGACGAUAAUGACGGGCCUGAUACAAAUGGGUGGUACCCUUUCAAGUCCAAAGAGCGGAGCAAAGUCGACCCAGGGGGAUCUGCCCAAUUGUCUAAGACAAUUGGGGUUGGAAGUGCGGUUGCAAGAAUUGGAUCACGUCACUUUACCAUCACGCCAUAA